GGUUCGGUUGUUGCUAACUUGACAUUCCCAGAUGGUUUUGCGUGACCAUGGGCACAGGGGUCGUAGCAACCCUUUUGAAUCGCCUGCCUUAUAAUGGAAGUUGGCUGUACUAUCUGUCCAUCGUAGUCUUUGUCCUCAAUGCCGUCUUGUUCUGCGUGGCCUUGAUCCUAUCCGUCAUUCGAUACUGGAUGUGGCCGCGUAUCUGGACGAUAAUGAGUCGAGACCGGCAUCAUUCUCUCUUCCUGGGUGCACUACCCAUCGGCUUCACGACGUUAAUCAACAUGCUUUUGUAUGUCUGCGUUCCGGCAUGGGGAACUUGGGUUGCCACUCUCGCCUGGGUUCUAUGGAUCAUUGACUCCAUUGUCGCGCUCUUCGUUACUUUCCUCGUCCCAUACAUCACGAUGACCCACGGCGAACGUUCAGCACUACACACCGUAAACGCCGUCCAACUCCUCCCACUCUCUAGCACUCUUUCGUCCGCCUCGACAGGCAGUCUCGUCGCCGGUGCCCUCCCGAACCCAGAGCAUGCACUCUGGACCAUGAUCGCGAGCUACGCACUCCUAGGCGUCGGACUACCCCUAGUGAUGACCGUCCUCGCAAUCUACUACCAACGCCUCACGCUGCACCAUCUCCCUCCACGAGAAGUCAUCGUCAGCGUCUUCCUCCCCGUAUCCCCCCUCUGCCUCGCCAGCUUCUCACUCCUCCGCCUCGGAUCCGUAGCCGCACAAACGAUCCCCCGCAACCCGACCACGCUGAAGUACGCCUCCGCGGGCGAAACGCUCCACACGUUCGGCUGCAUCACGGCCGUGAUCCUCUGGGCCCACUCGCUCGUCUGGCUCGCGUACGCCGUCGCCUCCAUCGCGCACCAGCGCCACUUCCCCUUCAACAUGGGGUGGUGGAGCUUCACGUUCCCUCUCGGCAUGCUGGCGCUCGACACGAUUGCCAUUGGGACGGAGUUGGGGUCUGCGUUUUUUAGGGUGCUGGGGACGGUAUGUUUUGUUCCGUUUUUCGUUGCGUUUUUAUGAGGGUUGAGGUUGGUGCUAAUGGGAGUGGGUAGAUCAUAGCGGUUACGACUAUUUUGCUAUGGAUCGUUGUCGUCGUGGGCACGAUUAGGAGUGCGGUUGCGGGCAGGUUGCUAUAUACGUCGAGUGUGAGUGCGGCCGAGCUGGCGAAGCGGCAGAGGAGCCACCACCAGGAUGUGUGAGUUUUGUUGACAAUUUACUCGGAGUUCAUGUGCGUUUUGAGUUUCGUUUUUGCCCCGAUUAGAUGGGUUGUAGAGUAUGUCGUAUGGGGGGAGGUAAUUAGAGGGCUUGAUGGGGUUGUGUGAGGUUGGUUGUAGUCUGCAUUUUGUUGGGGGUAAUGGAGGGGCUUGAAAUAAUGGAGGACAAAUCG